AUGAAGUACACUACAACUGCUCUCGCCGUUGCUGGUAUGGCUGCCACCGUUCGCGGUCACGGUUUCCUCACCUCUCCCAAGGCUCGCAUGCCUGGUGAUGCCUUCCAGGCUGCCUGUGGUCAACAAGUCUACUACAACCAGGCCGGUGACAACUACGGCAACAUCCAAGGCGAGCUCCAAGUUGCAAAGACUCAGACCGACUACAAGGCCGCUGAGUGUAACAUCUGGCUCUGCAAGGGCUUCAAGUUUGAUGACAACAAGGACCUCGUCCAGACAUAUACUCCCGGUCAGAAGGUUCCUAUCAAGUUCGAUGUCCGCGCCCCUCACACUGGCACUGCCAACGUCUCGAUCGUUGAUACUGCCACCAACACUGUAAUCGGUACUCCUCUGAUCUCUUGGGACGUCUACGCUUCCACCGCAUCGGGUGUCCCUGCCGAUCAGACCUCUUUCGACAUCACUAUCCCCGAGGAUCUUGGCAGCAAGUGCUCUACCGCUGGUGCUUGUGUUAUUCAGCACUUCUGGGAUGCUAGAGAGGUUGAUCAGACUUAUGAGUCUUGCAUUGACUUCACCGUC